UUUCGAGAAGGCUUCGAAACAAUUCAAAGACUCUCUUCUUGGGUUUUUCUCUUUUCUCUUCUCCUUCUUCUUCAUGCUUAAGCUGUGAUUCUCGUUGUUGAGCUUAAGUGAAUCAUUGAUCUUUCUUACUGAUCUGAAUUGGGUUUGUAGUUUCUUGAAUUGGGUUAGACCUCUUCACAUCGACGGAUUGAAGGAAAACAAAAAUAAAAAAUCUCUUGUAUUUACUUCUUUUGAUUUCUUGUUGGAUUGAUUAUGAAAUUGGAAGGUGUUCGACAGAUUGCUCAAGAGUGAUAUUAAUCUGUUUUGUAAAGUGGUUUGAGAGUUUACAUUUCAGAGUUUAGUUUUUAAUGUUAGUUACGAUGGAGAUUAGGUCAGACGGUCUCAAGGUUCUUCUUGAAAAUUCUCUGUUUACGACAAAUUCGACAACUCUUCUUCUUAGGAAUUAUGUUGUUCAACAGUUUCCAAGUUGUGAAGUGAAGGAGAAGGUAGACAGGUCAAAAGAAGUUCCAAAGUGGGAAACUUUGCACAGGGACGUACUUGCUGUUGUAUUCGAUAAGCUCGAAUUGAUGGACCUUACCUUGGGAGUUUCACGUGUAUGUACUUCUUGGUUCCUUGCCUCUCACAACAAAACUCUGUGGAACACUGUCGACCUCACUAAGCUCAAACAAGUGGACUUCUCCUAUUUUAUGGUGUUUGAGGAUCGAGUCCGACCAAUCAUCUUCUUUGAGCACCGGGUUGAUGAAGAAGAAGUAGCAAAAGGCCUAAGCUUUAAGAGUAUUUUUAUUAAGAUUAGCAAAUUCUUUUUUGACUAUAGUGUCGUACACUUAACCCUCAUGGAAUUACUGGUUGAGAUCACCAAGUUGAGCCGCAUGGCCCCGAAGAAUUUGUUCUUUCACUUCAGUUCCUAUGUAAAAACGGAGGAUCUCAUGUUUGCUGCCGAGAGGAUGCCAAACAUAGAGAAACUUGUUUUACCGGUCUGGUGCUAUAAAACCAAGGAGUCAUUUCAGUUUGUGUUCAGUCAAUGGAAGAAUCUUAAAACACUAAUCAUUGCUCAAGAUUAUCAGCUUUGUACUGGGACAUUCGACUUUCAAAUCGUGGGAGAAAACUGCAGUAACCUUACAAACUUCAAAUAUUUGGGUUUUUUGCAAGACAAGAGUGUUGAGCAAAUCGUGCGGUACCUUCAAAACCUCAAGAGGUUGAGUUUACGAUGCUCUUACGUCACAAUUGAUGGAGUUAUAUCGCUAAUCACAGGCCUCCAAAACCUCACAGUUCUUAAUCUCUCACAUUGCGUAUACUUGGCUUUGGAUCCUGACACGGUGCCUGAUGACUAUUUUGUACAAGCCCCCAUUCAGAAGCUUGAAGAAUUCAUCAAAUGUACACCAGAUUGCAAGAUUUGCAAACCCUGCUACUCCUGGUCGUAUCUCUCUGAGGAUUGGCAUAAUGAUGAGAUAAAGGAAUUUGAAUUCUGAUAUAUGGAAAACCUUGGUAGACGUUUUGGAACAAAUGAUCAGACUUUUAACAUAUAUGAUGAAUGUUGUCUCACAAGUAUAGAUUGUGACUGAA